GGAUCCUCAAUCCGACGCUAUCGUGCUAAGAGGCAAAACCGAUCCCAGGCCUCCGAUCCAGGGCGGAGGGAGGGAAAGAGGUCGCUGGGAAUCGGGAUGGAGACGGGAGAGGGAGCAGACGGUCCUAGCGGACCGGGUGAACCGGGAGCCGGGCCGGGGACGGAUCUGGCGGGGCUUGGCUGCGCCUCUUUCAACCAGGACUCCACGUAAGCGCCUCCGAACCCGCUGCCUGUUGGGCUGGUCGCCGACAACAGAAUGCUCUCUCUGCAAAUGUCCUUGUCAUUUUCUAUAAGAUAAGCUAUGGAUAAAUAUACCUGUUAGUAUGAUAUCAUGGUGAUGCAAUCUUAAAACAUAUUUCCCUUUAAUCGUGAGGUCCUAAAAUCCUAGUUAAAUAGCCCAUAGAUGUUAUAGAAUUAUACAUAGCGGCCAUAGAAUCAGAACGUGAUGAUCAGAAAGGGCUGUUCACAGUCAUCUGAACCAAAUACACUAAUUAUGCUUAAACCCUAAACCACAGGAUUUAUUCUAAAAAAGCUUUGAAAGCUCGGAGUGAAACUCUUCAGCCAAGGCUACUGAUGAGAAAGACGGAGAGUGUUGACAACAGUGGAUGGAACCGUUCUGGAGGCAGAACAACAGGACUUCAAAAGCACUCCUGUUAUACACGCUAAUAGAAAAUAGAAAUCUAUUGAUCCCUUUCUCAAUGUCUUCAUUUUAAAGUGGGGCAUAGGACUGGACCAACACAGUAAUAAACUAGUAUAAUAAUAAUAAUCUCACUAAAAUAAGAGAUUGAGACGAGAGAGAGAGAGUUCCUUUGCCUAAUGUAAGCACUAACUGAGAACGCUUGAAUCGCCAAGCUCAACUACUUUUCAUGAACAGAGCGCUAUCCCAAAUGGCAUCAUAUUCUCUAUGUAGUGCACUAGUUUUGACCAGGGCCUAUAGAGCACUAUGUAGGGAAUAGGGUGUUAUUUGGGGACGCAGCCUAACUUUCAGAUCGCCUGCUCACCUGAUAUGUGGCUGGCUGGCACUGUGGAGAGAAUUCUCACAACCUGUCCAUAGCUUCUGUCGUAGGCUAGGUACUAGGUAACACACCUUGAACAGGAGACUGUUUAUCUGAUGAAGGAAUGCAGAACAGAGUAGACCUGUUGUCCUGUCCUGUUGUGUUUGGAUCAGGUUGAGAGCUUCAAGUUCCUUGGUGUCCACAUCACCAACAAACUAACAUGGUCCAAGCACACCAAGACAGUCGUGAAGAGGGCACGACAAAACCUAUUCCCCCUCAGGAGACUGAAAAGAUUUGGCAUGGGUCCUCAGAUCCUCAAAAGGUUCUACAGCUGCACCAUCGAGAGCAUCCUGACUGGUUGCAUCACUGCCUGGUAUGGCAACUGCUUGGCCUCCGACCGCAAGGCACUACAGAGGGUAGUGCGUAAGGCCCAGUACAUCACUGGGGCCAAGCUUCCUGCCAUCCAGGACCUCUAUACCAGGCGGUGUCAGAGGAAGGCCCUAAAAAUUGUCAAAGACUCCAGCCACCCUAGUCCUAGACUGUUCUCUCUGCUACCGCAUAGCAAGCGGUACCGGAGCGCCAAGUCUAGGUCCAAGAGGCUUCUAAACAGCUUCUACCCCCAAGCCAUAAGACUCCUGAACAUCUAAUGAAAUUGCUACCCAGACUAUUUGCAUUGCGCCCCCCCCCCCCCCCCCCCCCCCCCCCCUCUCUGUUUAUUAUCUAUGCAUAGUCACUUUAAUAACUCUACCUACAUGUACAUAUUACCUCAAUUACCUCGACUAACCUGUGCCCCCGCACAUUGACUCUGUACCGGCACCCCCUGUACAGUGAGGGGAAAAAUUAUCCUUAAGAAAGGAUCAGUCUAUAAUUUUAAUGGUAGGUUUAUUUGAACAGUGAGAGACAGAAUAACAACAACAAAAAUCCAGAAAAACGCAUGUCAAAAAUGUUAUAAAUUGAUUUGCAUUUUAAUGAGGGAAAUAAGUAUUUGACCCCCUCUCAAUCAGAAAGAUUUCUGGCUCCCAGGUGUCUUUUAUACAGGUAACGAGCUGAGAUUAGGAGCACAGUCUUAAAGGGAGUGCUCCUAAUCUCAGCUUGUUACCUGUAUAAAAGGCACCUGUCCACAGAAGGAAACAAUAAAUCAGAUUCCAAACUCUCCACCAUGGCCAAGACCAAAGAGCUCUCCAAGGAUGUCAGGGACAAGAUUGUAGACCUACACAAGGCUGGAAUGGGCUACAAGACCAUCGCCAAGCAGCUUGGUGAGAAGGUGACAACAGUUGGUACGAAUAUUCGCAAAUGGAAGAAACGCAAAAUAACUGUCAAUUUCCCUCGGCCUGGGGCUCCAUGCAAGAUCUCACCUCGUGGAGUUGCAAUGAUCAUGAGAACGGUGAGGAAUCAGCCCAGAACUACACGGGAGGAUCUUGUCAAGGAUCUCAAGGCAGCUGGGACCAUAGUCACCAAGAAAACAAUUGGUAACACACUACGCCGUGAAGGACUGAAAUCCUGCAGCGCCCGCAAGGUCCCCCUACUCAAGAAAGCACAUAUACAGGGCCGUCUGAAGUUUGCCAAUGAACAUCUGAAUGAUUCAGAGGAGAACUGGGUGAAAGUGUUGUGGUCAGAUGAGACCAAAAUCGAGCUCUUUGGCAUCAACUCAACUCGCCGUGUUUGGGAGGAGGAGGAAUGCUGCCUAUGACCCCAAGAACACCAUCCCCACCGUCAAACAUGGAGGUGGAAACAUUAUGCUUUGGGGGUGUUUUUCUGCUAAGGGGACAAGACAACUUCACCGCAUCAAAGGGACGAUGGACGGGGCCAUGUACCGUCAAAUCUUGGGUGAGAACCUCCUUCCCUCAGCCAGGGCAUUGAAAAUGGGUUGUGGAUAAGUAUUCCAGCAUGACAAUGACCCAAAACACACGGCCAAGGCAACAAAGGAGUGGCUCAAGAAGAAGCACAUUAAGGUCCUGGAGUGGCCUCCGUAUCAGAUAGGACGUGUGUGUUAGACCUGUGUUACUCAGUAUCAGAUAGGACGUGUGUAUUAGACCUGUGUUACUUCGUAUCAGAUAGGACGUGUGUGUUAGACCUGUGUGACUCAGUAUCAGAUAGGACGUGUGUAUUAGACCUGUGUGACUCAGUAUCAGAUAGGACGUGUGUAUUAGACCUGUGUUACUCAGUAUCAGAUAGGACGUGUGUAUUAGACCUGUGUGACUCAGUAUCAGAUAGGACGUGUGUAUUAGACCUGUGUGACUCAGUAUCAGAUAGGACGUGUGUAUUAGACCUGUGUGACUCAGUAUCAGAUAGGACGUGUGGUGUAUUAGACCUGUGUUGACUCAGUAUCAGAUAGGACGUGUGUAUUAGACCUGUGUGACUCAGUAUCAGAUAGGACGUGUGUAUUAGACCUGUGUGACUCAGUAUCAGAUAGGACGUGUGUAUUAGACCUGUGUGACUCAGUAUCAGAUAGGACGUGUGUAUUAGACCUGUGUGACUCAGUAUCAGAUAGGACGUGUGUAUUAGACCUGUGUUACUCAGUAUCAGAUAGGACGUGUGUAGUUAGACCUGUGUGACUCAGUAUCAGAUAGGACGUGUGUAUUAGACCUGUGUGACUCAGUAUCAGAUAGGACGUGUGUAUUAGACCUGUGUGACUCAGUAUCAGAUAGGACGUGUGUUGGAUAUAUAUAGGACUGACUGUGUGACUCAGUAUCAGAUAGGACGUGUGUGUUUGUGUGGGCAGUUUUAUCAGUUCUCUCAGAAAUGUUGCAUCAGUUUGGAAACAUGAUUACUAUACAGUGUGUGUGGAGAGAGUGAGUGAGAAAAAGAGAGUGAGAGAGCGAGAGAAUGGGAGAGAGUGUGUGUGCAAUACUUACUUUGUAUUUGGACUGGCUAUGCAAAAUGAUAAUGAGCAAGUUCAAGCACAUCAGUACUCCAUAGGCAAUAUCAUGUUUAACAGAAACUGAAAAUGAUAUUUCAGUCAUGUAGUUUGGGGAAAUUCCCUCCUGCCCAGAAUGGAUGGAGAACAUAGAGUUUACAUGAGUAAAGAGUCACACUUUCAACUUUCAAAUUCUAUGUUUUUGUCCCUUUAUCAAAAGUCCUUGCAGCAAACUUUAAAACAAAGUAAAUGUUUGGGGUUCUGGAAUCCCCAAAAUAAACAAUGCCUAUAAAAAGCCUUGAGAGCAAAGUCUGGUGUGCAUGAGAUGAGUCACACUUCAUUGACAUGUUUUUACCGUAGCAAGUUCAAUGUAUUUUUUACUUAUCUACCUCUGCUCGUUGUGUGUGUGUGUGUGUGUGUGUGUGUGUGUGCACACUGUAAUACUCAUGAAGAAACUAGUCACACAUUGACUUAUAAUAUUAUAUAUGUGUUUAUCAACCUCUUGUCAACCUCUGUAUGUUGUUGUUGUUGUUGUGUGUGUGUGUGUGUGUGUGUGUGUGUGUGUGUGUGUGUGUGUGUGUGUGUGUGUGUGUGUGUGGUGUGUUCCCAGGUCAUUGGCAGUGGGAACCAAGACAGGCUAUAAGCUGUUCUCUGUGACCUCAGUGGACAAACUGGACUGCAUCUACGAGAGCGGUUAGUAUAGCCCCGUCCCAAACACACCCCUAGACCCUGUCCCAAACAAACCCCUUACCCUAAUCCCCGUCCCAAACGAACCCGUCCCAAUCAAACCCCUUCCCCUAGAACCCGUCCCCAAAAAAAAACCUUCCCCUAGACUAGACUUAGUUCCAACACCUCUGUCUCUAUCUGAUAGGCUGCCUGUACUCUAUGACUCCUUUACCAGAGCCUUGUACAGUGCCUUAGGAAAGUAUUCAUACCCCUUGACUUUUUCCACAUUUUGUUAUGUUACGGCCUUGUUCUAAAAUGGAUUAAAUAAAUAAAAAUCAUCAGCAAUCUACACACAAUACCCCAUAAUGAAAAAGUGAAAACAGGUUUUUAGAAAUAAACAACUGAAAUACCUUAUUUACAUAAGUAUUCAGACCCUUUGCCAUGAGACUCGAAAUUGAGCUCAGGUGCAUCCUGUUUCCAUUGAUCAUCCUUGAGAUGUUUCUACAACUUGAUUGGAGUCCACCUUUGGUAAAUUCAAUUGAUUGGACAUGCUUUUGAAAGGCACACACCUGUCUAUAUAAGGUCCCACAGUUGACAGUGCAUGUCAAAGCAAGAACCAAGCCAUGAGGUCAAAGGAAUUGUCCGUAGAGCUCAGAGACAGGAUUGUGUCGAAGCACAGAUCUGGGGAAGGGUACCAAAAAAAUUCUGCAGCAUUGAAGGUCCCCAUGAACACAGUGGCCUCCAUCAUUCUUAAAUGGAAAAAGUUUGAAACCACCAAGACUCUUCCUAGAGCUGGCCUCCCGGCCAAAUUGAGCAAUCGGGGGAGAAGGGCCUUGGUCAGGGAGGUGACCAAGAAAUCGAUGGUCACUCUGACAGAGCUCUAGAGUUCCUCUGUGGAGAUGGGAGAACCUUCCAGAAGGACAACCGUCUCUGCAACACUCCACCAAUCAGGCCUUUAUAGUAGAGUGGCCAGACGGAAGCCACUCCUCAGUAAAAGGCACAUGACAGCCCGCUUGGAGUUUGCCAAAAGGCACCUAAAGACUCUCAGACCAUGAGAAACAAGAUUCUCUGGUUUGAUGAAACCAAGAUUGAACUCUUUGGCCUGAAUGCCAAGCGCCACGUCUGGAGGAAACCUGACACCAUCCCUACGGUGAAGCAUGGUGGUGGCAGCAUCAUGCUGUGGGGAUGUUUUUCAGCGACAGGGACUGGGAGACUAAUGAGGUACGAGGCAAAGAUGAACAGAGCAAAGUACAGAGCGAUCCUUGAUGAAAACCUGCUCCAGAGCGCUCAGGACCUCAGACUGGGGCGAAGGUUCACCUUCCAACAGGACAACGACCCUAAGCAUACAGCCAAGUCAACGCAGGAGUGGCUUCAGGAUAAGUUUCUGAAUGUCCUUGAGUGGCCCAGCCAGAGCUCGGACUUGAACCCGAUCAAACAUCUCUGGAGAGACCUGAAAAUAGCUGUACAGCAACGCUCCCCAUCCAACCUGACAGAGCUUGAGAGGAUCUGCAGAGAAGAAUGGGAGAAACUCCCCAAAUGCAGGUGUGCCAAGCUUGUAGUGUCAUACCUAAAAAUACUUGAUGCUGUAAUCGCUGCCAAAGGUGCUUCAACAAAGUACUGAGUAAAGGGUCUGAAUACUUAUGUAUAUGUGAUAUUUCCGUUUAUAUAUUUAUUUAUAAAUUAGCUAAAUUUUCUAACAACAAGUUUUUGCUUUGUCAUUAUGGGUUAUUGUGUGUAGAUUUAUGAGGGGGAAAAAAACAAUUUAAUCCAUUUUAGAAUAAGGCUGUAACAUAACAAAAUGUGGAAAGAGUCAAGGGGUCUGAAUCCUUUCCGAAGGCGCUGUAGUGGGAUCUGAUAUGAUCUCCCUUCAAGGCUCUGACUUAUACAGUACUCUGCUCUGCCAAGCUGUAGCAUUGUUCAGCCCAUAUAUAGGAUCUCAUUCUAGUUCUGUCCAGCCUUUCUCUGGGCAUUAGUGUCAGUUACAGGGAAAUUCAUUGGCAGUCCUCUUCCAGUGAUGGGUAAUUCUCUGUUAGUCUACUUCCUUGUGGUGAAUCACUGGCUGUGUUCCAAAUACAUAGAGCCCUAUGGCCCCUAGUCAAAAGUAGUGCACUAUAUAGGCAAUAGGGUGUAAUUUGGGUUGCAGACACUGUGUGUAGACUGAUAACUGGUUUACAGACAACAGUGGAUAGAUGGAUCACUUCACUAGCCACCAGUCUCUGGUCAUUUACUGCUCAGUUCAUUAUUACUGGCAGACAGACACAGUGAUACGGUGUGGAGAUAGAAACCAACCAUGGCAGGACACUAAUACCAGGCUACCUCAGCCCCCCAGGACACUAAUACCAGGCUACCUCAGCCCCCCAGGACAAUAAUACCAGGCUACCUCAGCCCCCCAGGACACUAAUACCAGGCUACCUCAGCCCCCCAGGACAAUAAUACCAGGCUACCUCAGCCCCCAGGACACUAAUACCAGGCUACUCAGCCCCCCAGGACACUAAUACCCAGGCUACCUCAGCCCCCCAGGACAAUUAAUACCAGGCUACCUCAGCCCCCCAGGACAAUAAUACCAGGAUACCUCAGCCCCCCCCAGGACAAUAAUACCCAGGCUACCUCAGCCCCCCAGGACACUAAUACAGGCUACCUCGCCCCCCAGGACACUAAUACCAGGCUACCUCAGCCCCCCCAGAACACUAAUACCAGGCUACCUCAGCCCCCCAGGACACUAAUACCAGGCUACCUCAGCCCCCCAGGACAUAAUACCCAGGCUACCUCAGCCCCCCCAGGACACUAAUACAGGCUACCUCGCCCCCCAGGACACUAAUACCAGGCUACCUCAGCCCCCCCAGGACACUAAUACCAGGCUACCUCAGCCCCCCAGGACACUAAUACCAGGAUACCUCAGCCCCCCAGGACACUAAUACCAGGCUACCUCAGCCCACAGGACAUAAUACCAGGAUACCUCAGCCCCCAGGACACUAAUACAGCUACCUCAGCCCCCCAGGACAUAAUACCAGGCUACUCAAGCCCCCCAGGACACUAAUACAGGCUCCCUCAGCCCCCACGGACACUAAUACCAGGCUACCUCAGCCCCCCAGGACACUAAUACCAGGAUACCUCAGCCCCCCAGGACAUAAUACCAGGCUACCUCAGCCCCCCAGGACAUAAUACCAGGAUACCUCAGCCCCCCUGGACACUAAUACCAGGCUCCCCCCAUCCCCCUGUGUGUCACCCUUGCGUCCCCCAUCAGAGACCCCAGACGUGUACAUCGUUGAGCGGUUGUUCCCAGCAUCUGGUGGUGGUGGUUAGUCUCUCCUGCCCGACGUAUGAACGUCUACCACUUCAAGAGGGAACGGAGAUCUGCAACUACAGCUACAGUAACAACAUCCUCUCUGUCAGACUCAACAGACAGGUAAUAGAAUACGUAACAACAUCCUCUCUGUCGACUCAACAGACAGGUAAUAGAACUACGUAACCACGUCUCUCUGUCGAACUCAACAGACAGGUAAUAGAACUACGUACCACGUCUCUCUGUCAACUCAACAGACAGGUAUAGAACUACAGUAACCACGUCCUCUCUGUCAGACUCAACAGACAGUAAUAGAACUACAGUAAAACAUCCCUCUGUCAACUCAACAGACAGGUAAUAGAACUACAGUAACCACAUCCUCUCUGUCAGACUCAACACAGGUAAUAGAACUACAGUAACCAGUCUCUCUGUCAGAUCAAAGACAGGUAUAGAACUACAGACCACGUCCUCUCUGUCAGACUCAACAGACAGGUAAUAGAACUACAGUAACCACGUCCUCUCUGUCAGACUCAACAGACAGGUAAUAGAACUACAGUAACCACAUCCCCUCUGUCAGACUCAACAGACAGGUACAGUAGAUUGGACACGCAUACAUACAUGGAUAGACGCAGAUAUGCAUGGACAGAUAUGUAGGUCUCUUACUAAACAACAAUGACAAUGUUUCAACAGGAACUUGAGGUGUGAUCUACUCUCUCUAUCUCUCUCUCUCUCUACUCUAUCUCUACUACUCUCAUCAUCUAGAUCUACUCUCUCUCUCUCUACUCUCUCUCUCUCUAUCUCCUCUAUCCUCAUUGCAAUCUCGCCGCUCUCUCUCGCUCUCUCUACUCUCAUCUUCUCUCUCUCUCUCAUCUACUCUCUCUACUCUCUCUCGCUCUCUCUCUCUCUCUCUCUCUCUCUCUCUUCUCUCUCUCCCCUCCUCCUGUAGAGGCGGGGUGGUUGUGUGUCUGGAGGAGUCAGUCUACAUACACAACAUCAAAGACAUGAAGCUGCUGAAGACCCUACUCAGCACGCCCUCCAACCCCUCAGGUAAACACACUAUAUACAGUCUACCUACAGAACGGUGUUUCCCAAACCAGUGUGUCUGCUCUAUGUCUUUCUGAUGGGUUUGGAAAAGCAGAAGCUGUCUUUCUGUGGACUGAAAGGAAAAUGGAUCAAUAAAGUAUUUUUCUUCUGUUCAGGUCUGUGUGCUCUGUCCAUCAACCAUUCCAACUCCUACCUGGCCUACCCAGGCAGCUCCACCAUCGGAGAGAUCAUAGUUUAUGACGCCAACAACCUGGUAAGGCCUACUAUACUACUGAACUACUACUGAACAACUACUGUACUACUACUACUAUACUAACUACUAUACUACUAUACUACUAUUAUACUACUAUACUACUAUUAUACUACUGUACUACUAUACUACUAUACUACUAUACUACUAUACUACUAUACUACUGUACUACUGUACUACUGUACUACUAUACUACUAUACUACUGUACUACAGUACUACAGUACUACUACUAUUGUACUACUAUACUACUACUAUACUACUACACUGCUGUACUACUACUGUACUACUACUAUACUACUAUACUACUAUACUAUUGUACUACUGUACUACUAUACUACUACGUUACUACUGUACUACUGUACUACUACUGUACUACUAUACUAUUAUACUACUACUAUACUAUUGUACUACUAUACUACUACGUUACUACUGUACUACUACUGUACUACUAUACUACUACGUUACUACUGUACUACUACUGUACUACUAUACUACUACGUUACUACUGUACUACUACUGUACUACUAUACUAUUAUACUACUGUACUACUAUACUAUUAUACUACUACUACUAUACUAUUAUAAUACUACUACUAUACUAUUAUACUACUACUACUAUACUAUUGUACUACUGUACUACUAUACUAUUAUACUACUACACUACUAUACUACUAUGGUACUACUAUACUACUGUACUACUAUACUAUUAUACUACUAUACUACUACGGUACUACUAUACUAUUAUACUACUAUACUACUACGGUACUACUGUACAACUACUACUAUACUAUUAUACUACUGUACUACGGUACUACUAUACUAUUAUACUACUAUUGUACUACUAUACUACUAUACUACUAUGCUACUAUGGUACUACUAUACUACUGUACUACUAUACUAUUAUACUACUAUACUACUACGGUACUACUGUACUACUAUACUAUUAUACUACUAUACUACUACGGUACUACUAUACUACUGUACAACUAUACUAUUAUAAUACUAUACUACUAUACUACUAUACUACUACUAUACUGCUGUACUACUAUACUAGUAUACUACUAUACUACUAUGGUACUACUGUACUACUACUACUAUACUAUUAUACUACUGUACUACGGUACUACGGUACUACUAUACUAUUAUACUACUAUACUACUACUGUACUACUAUACUACUGUGCUACUAUACUAUUAUACUACUAUACUACUAUGGUACUACUAUACUACUGUACUACUAUACUAUUAUACUACUAUACUACUACUGUACUACUAUACUACUGUGCUACUAUACUAUUAUACUACUAUACUACUAUGGUACUACUACGGUACUACUGUACUACUAUACUAUUAUACUACUAUACUACUACGGUACUACUAUACUACUGUACAACUAUACUAUUAUAAUACUAUACUACUAUACUACUAUACUACUACUAUGCUGCUGUACUACUAUACUAUUAUACUACUAUACUACUACGGUACUACUGUACUACUACUACUAUACUAUUAUACUACUGCACUACGGUACUACGGUACUACUAUACUAUUAUACUACUAUACUACUACUGUACUACUAUACUACUGUGCUACUAUACUAUUAUACUACUAUACUACUAUGGUACUACUAUACUACUGUACUACUAUACUAUUAUACUACUAUAAUACUAUACUACUACGGUACUACUGUACUACUACUACUAUACUGUUAUACUACUGUACUACGGUACUACGUUACUACUAUACUAAUAUACUACUAUACUACUAUACUACUAUACUACUACUGUACUACUAUACUAUUAUACUACUAUACUACUAUACUACUACGGUACUACUGUACUACUACUACUAUACUAUUAUACUACUGUACUACGGUACUACGGUACUACUAUACUAUUAUACUACUAUACUACUACUGUACUACUAUACUACUAUACUACUAUGGUACUACUAUACUAAUGCACUACUAUACUGUUAUACUACUAUACUACUAUACUACUAUGGUACUACUAUACUACUGUGCUACUAUACUAUUAUACUAUUAUACUACUACGGUACUACUAUACUACUAUACUACUACGGUACUACUAUACUACUACGUUACUACUAUACUGCUGUACUACUAUACUAUUAUACUACUAUACUACUAUACUACUACUAUACUACUGUACUACUAUACUAUUAAACUACUAUACUACUAUACCAUUAUACUAUUAUACUACUAUACUACUACGGUACUACUAUACUACUGUACUACUAUACUAUUAUACUACUAUACUGCUGUACUACGGUACUACUAUACUACUAUACUACUAUACUACUACUGUACUACUAUACUAUUAUACUACUAUACUACUACGGUAAUACUAUACUACUGUACUACUAUACUAUUAUAAUACUAUACUACUAUACUACUACGGUACUACUAUACUACUGUACUACUAUACUACUAUACUACUACGGUAAUACUAUACUACUGUACUACUAUACUAUUAGAUAUUAGUAAUACUAUACUACUACGGUACUACAUAACUACGUACUACAUUACUAUUAACUACUAUACUACGUACGGAUACUACUACACUACGUACUACAUACUACUAUACUACUAGUAUACUACGGUACUACUAUACUGACUGUACCUAUACUAUUAUACUACUAACUGAUGUAUGACGAUAGACUACAACUGGAGUACUACUAUAGGUAUACUACGUACUACUAGACACAUAUUACUACUACGGUGACUACAUACUACUAUUACUACUACUGUUACUUACUAUAUCUAUUAUACUUACUGUGACUACGAUUACUAAUGUUACGUACUACUAACUAUACUAGUAUCGGCUGCUCUCUCUAUCGCUAUCUCUCCUCUCCUCUCUCUCUCUCUCCUCUUCUCUCUCUCCUCUCUCUCUCUCUCUCAGAGCACUGUGACAAUGAUCCCGGCCCAUGACAGUCCCCUGGCUGCUCUCACCUUCAACGCAUCAGGCACCAAGCUGGCCAGCGCCUCGGAGAGGGUAAGCACUGAGCACUACCAGGAUAGCUGCCCCUAGUGACGGGAGGCCAGCACUGCUUUUUGACAGCUUACCUGGAAAUUGUAGUUAGGCCUGUCUAUGUCAAAAAACAUUUAGUACUUGACUAGUAAUAGAUGUAUUCUGCUACAGCACAUACAGUGUCUUAUAAGCCCAUGUGGGCGGGGCAUCCUGAAGAGGCAUGACACUAUACUAAUAUAAUAAUACAGUGUAGCUAGACAGCCCUGACUGGGAGGGACUGACUCUCUUCCUGUCUCCCUUUAUUCCCCAUCGCUUGGCUCUUCCUCUCUCCCUUCUUCAUAUCUCUGUCUCUCCCUCCCUCCCUCUCUCCCUCUCUCCCGCUCUCCCUCCCUCCCUCUCUCCAGGGUACUGUAAUCCGUGUGUUCUCCAUCCCAGAGGGACAGCGUCUGUUUGAGUUCCGCAGAGGGAUGAAGAGGUCAGAGUUCACACAACAGAACAUAAACUGUAUAAACACACUUUAUACUGUAACAGAACAGAACACACCAUAGUCUACACCUUAUGAACAGGACCAACAGAACACAGGACAUUUCUGGACAUUUCCUCGUCUAGGUUCUCUAUUCCCGCCCCCAAUUAAAUAACGACCUAUCAGGAGCAUGGGAAACCAUAAGGAUGAUGAAUGUAAAAUACUAGAGAAGGAGUCUGUCAGGAGCAUGGAAACCAUAAGGAUUUUGCUGUGGUAAACAAGGAAAUACUUUAUUUCAGUGAUACGGAUUGAUUGUCAAAUAGUUAAAUCUACUCUUGGUCAGCUACAAAAGCAGGUUUAAUUUACACCGAUGAUAACACCCACCAGAGGGCGAAAAUGCCUUCAAAGACGUUGACCGCAAACAACACUAUAAUUAACACUGGCAACACUGCAGCCAUAGAUGUAAUCUCCAGAUUGGGGAGACAGGCAUGUGUUUAUUUUUAAUUUAUUUUACCUUUAUUUAACGAGGCAAGUCAAUUAAGAACAAAUUCUUAUUUACAAUGACGGCCUACACCGGCCAAACCCGGACGACGCUGGGCCAAUUGUGCGCCGCCCUAUGGGACUCUCAAUCACGGCCGGUUGUGAUACAGCCUGGAAUCGAACCAGGGGGUCUGUAGUGACGCCUCAAGCACUGAGAUGCAGUGCCUUAGACCGCUGCGCCACUCGGGAGCCCGAGUGGUGCAAUGCAGAGUAGUAGACUCACAUUAUGACAACAUCAGAACCGACUGAAGACAGGUUUCUGAGUUUAUAAGAAGCUCCACCACAUGGCUCAGUAUUGAGUUGAGUCAUGUGGAAUAGAACAGGCAAAAACAAGGGAAUAUCAAGCUGAAAUGUUUCGCGUUUCAAAUGCAUCUUUCAUAGAUAGAUGACGUCAUUGGUGUAAUUAAGUUCUUACUGACAGUAUGAGUGUAGAAGAGACUUAUAAUAACUUCCUGUGUGUGUCUUCAGGUACGUCAACAUCAGUUCCCUGUCCUUCAGUCCUGACGCCCAGUUCCUCUGUGCCUCCAGCAACACUGAGACCGUACACAUCUUCAAACUGGAACAGCACGGACCCAGGUACACACACACAAACCACACAAACCACAAACACACACACCACGAAGGAGUCACCCUCAACCUGGGAAGUCUACAUGGGGAAAACACUCUCUCUCUCUCUCUAUCUCCCCUUCUCUCUAACCCUGUAUCUCCCUGUCUCUCUCUGUGUAUCUCCCUGUCUCUCUAACUGUGUAUCUCCCUGUCUCUCUCUGUGUAUCUCCCUGUCUCUCUAACCCUGUAUCUCCCUGUCUCUCUAACCCUGUAUCUCCCUGUCUCUCUCUGUGUAUCUCCCUGUCUCUCUCUGUGUAUCUCCCUGUCUCUCUAACCCUGUAUCUCCCUGUCUCCUCUGUGUAUCUCCCUGUCUCUCUCUGUGUAUCUCCCUGUCUCUCUAACCCUGUAUCUCCCUGUCUCUCUCUGUUUAUCUCCCUGUCUUCUCUCUGUGUAUCUCCCGUCUCUCGAACCUGUAUCUCCUGUCUCUCUAACCUGUAUCUCCUGUCUCUCUCGGGUGUAUCUCCCUGUCUCUCUCUGGUGUAAUCUCCCUUUCUCUCUACCCUGGACUUCCUGCUCUCUCUGUGUAUCCCCUGUCUCUCUAACCCCUGUAAAAUCUCUCCCUGUCCUCUCUCUGUGUAUCUCCCUGUCUCUUAACCCUGUAGCUCCCUGUCUCUCUCUGUGUUCUUCCCUGUCCCCUCUCUACCCCUGUAUCUCCUGUCUCUCUCUGUGUAUCUCCCUGUCUCUCUAACCCUGUAUCUCCCUGUCUCUCUCUGUGUAUCUCCCUGUCUCUCUAACCCUGUAGCUCCCUCUCUCUGUGUAAUCUCCUGUCUCUCUAACCCUGUAUCCUCCCUGUCUCUCUCGUGUAUCUCCCUUGUCUCUCUCUGUGUAUCUCCCCUGUCUCUCUAACCUGUAUCUCCCUGUCUCUCUAACCCUGUAUCGCCCGUCUCUCUCGUGUAUCUCCCUGGUCGCUCUAACCCGGUAUCUCCCUGUUCUCUCGUGUUCUCCCCUGUCUCUCUCUGUGUAUCUCCUGUCUCUCUAACCCCUGUAGCCCCUGUCUCUCUCUGUUAUCUCCCUGUCUCUCUAACCCUGUAUCCCCUUCGCUCUCUGUGUAUCUCUCCCUGUCUCUCUCUGUGUAUCCCUUCUCUCUAACCGUAGCUCCUGUCUCUCUCGUGUAGCUCCCUGUCCCUCUCGAACCCUGUAUCUCCCUGUCUCUCUCUGUGUAUCUCCCUGUCUCUCUAACCCUGUAUCUCCCUCUCUCUGUGUAUCUCCCUGUCUCUCUAACCCUGUAUCUCCCUGUCUCUCUAACCCUGUAUCUCCCUGUCUCUCUCUGUGUAUCUCCCUGUCUCUCUAACCCUGUAUCUCCCUCUCUCUGUGUAUCUCCCUGUCUCUCUCUCUGUUUAUCUCCUGUCUCUCUCUUUGUAUCUCCUGUCUCUCUCUGUUAUCUCCCUGUCUCUCUAACCCUGUAUCUCCCUGUCUCUCUCUGUGUAUCUCCCUGUCUCUCUAACCCUGUAUCUCCCUGUCUCUCUCUGUGUAUCUCCCUGUCUCUCUAACCCUGUAUCUCCCUGUCUCUCUCUGUGUAUCUCCCCUCCCUGCUCUCUAACCUUAUCUCCCUCUCUCUGUGUUCUCUCCCGGUCUCUCUAACCCGGUAUCUCCCUCUCUCUGUUUAAUCUCCCGUCUCUCUAGCUCUACCCUGUAGCCCUCCCUGUCCUCUCGUUGUAUCUCCCUGUCUCUCUCGUGUACUCCCUGUCUCUCUAACCCUGUAUCUCCCCUGUCCUCCCAUCUCUAACCCACACGCCCUGUAUCUUCCUGUCUCUCUCUGUGUAUCUCCUUCUCGUCCUAACCCUUAUCUCCUGUCGCUCUCUGUGUAUCUCCCUGUCUCUCUCUGUGUAUCUCCCUGUCUCUCUAACCCUGUAUCUCCCUGUCGCUCUCGGUGUAUCUCCCCUGAUCUCUCUCAACCCUGUAGCUCCCUGUCUCUUCUCUCUGGUCUCCCUGUCUCUCUCUGUGUAUCUCCCUGUCUCUCUAACCCUGUAUCUCCCUGUCUCUCUCUGUGUAUCUCCCUGUCUCUCUAACCCUGUAUCUCCCUGUCUCUCUCUGUGUAUCUCCCUGUCUCUCUAACCCUGUAUCUCCCUCUCUCUGUGUAUCUCCCUGUCUCUCUAACCCUGUAUCUCCCUGUCUCUCUAACCUGUAUCGCCCUGUCUCUCUAACCCUGUAUCUCUCCCUGUCUCUCUCUGUGUUAGCUCCCUGUCCUCUCUAACCCUGGUCCCUCUCCCUGUCUCUCUCUGUGUAUCUCCCUGUCUCUCUAACCUGUAUCUCCCUCUCUCUGUGUAUCCCCGGUCUCUCUAACCCUGUAUGCUCCCUGUCUCUCUCUCUGUAGUGGAGAGGGAUUGUCCUACCGGGGGAUCCGUACUAGGGAAGAUGUUUCUCUGCAGCCACAGCUCCACUCCCUCCCAGGUGUCUGUCUUAUUUGCAUUUCCUUUCUUGUUCCCUGCAUGUUUAUAUAUUAUGCUUAUUCUUAUUCAAUACUAUUUCAAAUACUAUUUUAGUUGCUGUACUGAGAGGAGAUCUUGUAAGUAAGCAUGUCAUUGUACUGUGUACACCAAGCUGUAUCCUGUCAUACGACAAUAAACUUUGAUUGGAUUUGAGGGUGUCUGGAGUGAUGAGUCAGGAAAGAGCCUUCGCCACAUGUACGCCUCCAUAGUGGGCCGGGCAGAGGAACGUCUGUACCCUCGCCACGUGAGUCCUCCCUGUGUGUGUGUGUGUGUGUGUGUAGGGUGUGUGUGUUUGUGUGUGUAGGGUGUGUGAGUUGCUGUGUAGGGUGUGUGAGUUUGUGUGUGUGUGUAGGGUGUGUGAGUGCGUGUGUACUGUAGAAGGUGUUGGUGUGUGUUUUUGGUCUCAUUAGGUUUUGGUCUUCUAUUUGUUAUACACAGUUAUAGACAGUAUUACCCAAGAAUAUACAGUAUUUACACAUAAUAUACGUAUUACAAGUAAAUAGACAGUAAUUACACAGUAGUAGAACAGUAUUUAAAGCACAGUAAUAGACGUAGUAGACAGUAUUACAACGUAGGUAGACGUAGUGACAGUAUAGACAGGAUUACACAUAUACACAGUAAUAGACAGUAGUAAAUACCUUAUACACGUAUAGACAGUAAUAUACUAAUUACACAGUAAUUGACAGGAGUAGACAAGUUUUAAAAUACUAUAUAGUAUAUCAUCCUGACCUGGAUCCGAGAGUAAAAAAAAAAAAAAAAAAAAAAAAAAAAAAAAAAAAAAAAAAAAAAAGAAAAAAAAAAAAAAAAAAAAGAAAAAAAAAAAAAAAAAAAAAAAAAAAAAAAAAAAAAAAAAAAAAAAAAAAAAAAAAAAAAAUUGGCCAUAAUUGGUAUAGAUGCUGUAUUCCUGUUUCAACUGGUGUGAGGUGUCAUGGCUGGCUGUGUCCUGUACUGUCUGUCAGAUCCAGAAGCUCCCUCCUCGUCUGCUGGUGGGGCCUCCUCCCGAACCGGAAAAAAAAAACCCCCCAGCUGUUCAUUAUAACGUUAGACCUCAGGACGAGGAGAGUGUGUCCUGGCUCAGAAACACAGGUGAGAGGUCAACUCAGGUCAAGAGGUCAUCGAGGGCCGUAUGCCCU